AAAAACAUCGUGAUUAUGCUGAUUGAAAACAAAACCGAUCUUGAAGAUCAACGAUUUGUUUCCACUAAGGAUGCUAAAGAAUUUGCACAGAAAGAAGGAUUGUUCUUCUUGGAGACAUCUGUAAUGGAGGCUAGAAACGUCGAGGGUGCCUUCUUAACUGUUUUGACAGAGAUCUUCAACAUUGUGAACAAGAAAAAUCUCGCCGCAAGUGAUGAUCAAGAAAAUGGUAAUCUUGCUUCUUUAACUGGAAAGAAAAUUCUUGCACCUGGUCCUGCACAAGUUAUCCCAAAAAAGAAGGCAUGUUGUAGAUCUUAAGAUGUUUAAUUUUUUUCUGAACCAAAAAAAGGGGAUGUUGAGAUAUUGGGAUUUGGAGUUUCUUUUUCAUGUUUGAGUGUUGUUAGAUUUCAAA